AUGUCAGCAGCCGAAUACUACAACGGAAGUUCUAACACCAACAAACAACAAUACUCGAGUCCCAUGGGCCCUCCACCAGGUCACCAAACCGACAACAGGGGCGUCUUCAGCUCCCACCAGCAGCAGCCUCCUCAGCAGGCAUACUACGGUCACCAACAACAGCAAUAUUAUGCCAACGCUCCGCCAAACUAUAAUCAACAGCAACACUUUCAACAGCCUGGUUACUACCAGCAGCAGCAGCCUGGCUACUACAACCAACAGCAACCAGUCUACGUUCAGCAGAGGCCCGCUACCCACAACAACAGCGAUUGUUUAACGGCAUGUUUAGCUGGUAUGUGUCUGUGCUGCACCUUAGACUUGCUAUUUUGA